GCAGACGUAGGAAUGUUCGCCGCGUCCGCGCAGGACGGCGCCAGCUCUUCGGGGCCCAUGACCAACGAGGAGCUGCUGGCGCACCAGCUCGACCUGCACCAGAAGAUCCAGCAGCAGAUGCAGCUGCAGAUGGAGAUGAGCAUGCAGCUCGGCUCGCGCCAGUCGCUAACGUCGUCGCUGGCGAAGGUGGAGCCCGACUUGGGCGACAACGUCUUCGACAUGCUGGACGACCUCAUCAUGAUCCCGUCCGGAGCUGUGGCGCCCGAGCGCGGCUCGUUAUCCAAACAGGCGCGCGAGGAAACGAUGGACGUAGACGACACGCCCGCAAUGGGCUCUGGCAGCGUCAGUGGCGGCCGCGACAGUCUCGCGGACAUCUUGGAGAGCCUGGACAUGGACCUGGACGACGAUGCUAAUGACGACACGCUGUCAUCAGGCAGCGAACGCGCUCGUAGCGCCAGCGGCUCGGUGGACGAAGGCGAUCUGGACGACUUAGAGGAUCUAGAAAAUCUCGAUUUGGACCUCGAUUUGGGUACAAAAGACCUAACUGAGGUCACUACCGCAGACGAUAAGAUCAAACCGAAUGAACACGCGCCAGCCGAGGAAGAGUUUGUUCAUUUGAGACGCUCCUCCUUGGAUUUGCUGGCGUCUAUGAGUGGCAGCACGUCCAGUGUCUCCAAUAACGCGACAGGCAACAUGUGCACGUUGAUCUGGGAAGGAGGACUACUGGGACUGCGACUGCGCCACUCGCAGUCGAGGAUGAUGCCGGCCGUGUCGAAAAUUACCGGCAAAAGCUCGAUUUUCGGCGUUCAUCUCGUGGAAGUGGGCGAUUUGUUGCUGAAAAUUGGAGAUCGCGUGACUCGCGAUAUGGACUUCUUAAACGCGAUUAACUACCUGAAAGAAGUGCCCAAGCCGUGCAAACUGGUGUUCAGGAGACUCUUGGCAGACCCCAUGUCGGUAAAACCGGUACAACCGAAGGUAAAGAGCGCGAUUGGAUUGAAGCUGGCGGCGAAAUUCGAGGAACUGACAGCAGCAGAGAACGAAAAAUUCCCUCCGCAACCGGCAGUGAAGUUGGAGGCCAAGUACGAGAUCAAGUGGAUUGACGGACCUCUGGGGAUUAGUCUGAUUGCGAGCAAGGACGUGCCGUACCCGCUUGUGACGCGUAUCACCGGGAAGAACCGCUCGCCACAGGUGCAGGACGUACAGCCAGGCCACUACCUCGUUCAGAUCGGCAGCUACAACACUGCAGACGGCAAUUUUAACACAGCGAUUAAGUUCCUGCAAAAGGUACAGAAACCGGUAUCGCUCUUCUUCUGUCCAGGUAACAAGAAGGUUUCUGCGCGUCCAGACCCGGCAGAGGAUGAAUACGACCACAUCUGGGAGAAGAAACAGCCGCUGUGCUUCACUGUACGACCGAAUGUAGCUGGCCGCAUGGUUGUUGCCGACUUGGGCAGUGCGAAAUCCAUCAAGGUGAAGAUUAAGGGCGCGCCGAACAACGUGGCGGCGUUUGUGAGCUCCGCAGAUCGCAUCAUGUGGAUAAAUGACGACUGUGUGAAGGACUUGACCUUCCAUGAAUCCCUGCUCAAGUUGCGCACAGCCAAGCGUCCGCUAGUCAUUCGGUUCAAGAAGGGCUCUCCCGAAGACGCGAUCGCAGCUUUAUCUUCUUUUGCAGACAUCCAUUCGGCGUCCAAGUUUACAGCUUCGACCUCGUCUCUGGCGUCCUCAUCAACGUCGGUAUCUUCGUCCACAUCCACAUCUUCCACGUCGUCGUCUCCCCCCUCUUCGUCCUCUGCAAGCGAGAGCGUAGCACCUGCCCCCGCGCCGUCCCCUCCGAAGCCAGUACAGCCAGCAGCAACUCCUCUGCCCACUCCUCGAACGUUCGUUAAUCCGCUGAAGAAGAUGAGUAUAGCGCUUGGUAGUCACGCCAAGGAGAACGCCACUAAUGCCCCCACUGCCAAGGUGCAGACGGAGUCCAGGAAGCACCAGGACCGACAGGCAUACGCAUCACAGCAACAGCAUCCACAGCAUCAACCGCACGCAUCGCAGUCUCACCAGUAUGCGGCACAGGAAGCAGCACAAAGUAAAUACCGAGGCCAUACCGACCAGGAGGCCAAGCGAUCGGCACAUCAUGAUGCACGGCAACCGAACGCUGUGUCUAAUACGUCACGAGUCGCGCCACAUGGCUCAAGAGGAUGCCACCACACGGCUGCACCUGUAAUGCUCACCAAUAAGGACCCUCCGCUUAGGAAAAUGAACAGUCCGGACCACGGUAGCCCUCAUCGCAACGACAUGAGCCACCGUAUCGCUGAAACACAGAAUAAACUGCGCAACUUGGAGCAUGGACUGCGCAAGUCUCCGCUGGCAAAGUCCACAAGUGACCCGAUUGAAGACACACCGUUGAAGCCAUUGUCUCGGAGUGGACAUCGGUAUGGCUCAGCGCCUCAACUGCCCAGUGAAGCCAGUCGAUCCAAGGAAAAAGAACAGGAGAAGGACAGCGAUGUGUACGAAGUGGUAUGGCCAGAGGGUACGGCGCUUGGUCUGACGCUACGUGUGCAUCCGACCACACGAUUUCCCGUGGUGGCGCGUGUGACUGGCACGAGCAACCUCAAGAACAUCGAGCACGUGUCUCCUGGCGACAUUUUGUUCGCUGCCAACAACAUGAACAUUGUACCGCAGCCCAAAUUUAAGCAAACGCUCGAGAACUUGUCGCGUCUUCCGAAGCCAGCAGUGCUGCGUUUCCGACGUGCUUCAGCUGCAGCGUAUGCCUCAAUGCGAAGUGACGAGUCUGACCAGACGCUGCCACGUGGACCAGCACUGAAAGACCGCGAGUACGAGCUCAUUUGGCGAGAGAAUGCCAACCUUGGACUGGUGUUUAGCUCGGACAGCGAUGUACCAAAGGUGACCAAAGUGGAUAUGGACUCGGGUGGUCCCAUGCUGCACAAAGUGUCGGUAGGAGACGUGCUGACGUGGAUUGGACCUAUGGAGAUCAGCGGCUCGACGUUCCACUCGUCGAUGGCGACACUGCGCGCCGUCAAGCGGCCGGUGGUGCUGCGCUUUUACAAACACGGCACAUGAUGAACGAAGUCGCAGCUGAACUGACGGAAGGCGUAGUGUAGUUAAAAUACCUAGGAGGGGAAGUCAGCAACAGGGAAAACAGGAUUGUAAAGCUCUCGGUGUUAGAAGACGGGGCCUCGACCCGCCCCGUAAAGAAAAUGUCU